UAACGCCGCUGAUUUCAUUAACAUGUUCAAUCAUCUUGAUACAGAUAAUCAAAAGCUGGAUUAUACAGGACACUUAACAUAAAUGGCAGAUAUAAAAGAAGAAACGGACGAAAAGCCAGAUUUCCAACUGAAAAGGGUUGCUUAUAAAGGAGUAGCAAUGUUUGAGUGUGAAAUAGAUGAAAUAGAAAAGAUGGAGACUAGGGAGGACGAUAUAUGGGUUUGCAGUUUCUCAAGAUCUGGAACUACAAUGACACAGGAACUCACAUAUCUAGUUCAAACACUGGACUUCGAAACUGCUAAUAGGGUUUAUCUAGACGAUAGGUUCCCGAUACUGGAGGUGAAAGAUGACAGGUUUCCAUAUUAUAGAGGUGUAACGUUUGCUGAACAAAUGAAGUCGCCCCGUAUGAUUAAAUCACAUCUGCAUCACUCUAUGCUUCCUGUACAGCUACAGAAAGGAAAAGGCAGGAUUAUCUACAUCGCUAGAAAUCCCAAAGAUAUAGCAACAUCAUUCUACAGAUUGAUGAAAUGGACAGGAGGCCUGAAUGAAAGCGAUAACACGUUUGAAAAGUUUGUUGAUGCAUUUGUCAAUGGGACUGGACACAACUGUCCCUGGCCACGCCAUGUUUUGGAGUUCUGGGAAAGGCGGAAUGAUAAAAAUGUUCUAUUUCUCAAGUACGAGGAAGUUGUUCGAGAUAAACCAAAAGCUGUCAGACGGAUAGCUGAUUUCCUUGGCAGAACGCUGACAGACGAUGACGUCGCGAAAAUAUGUGACUACUGUUCUGUGGACAAGAUGAAAAAUAAUCCAAUGUGUAACAUGUCCUACUGGAGAGAUUAUAAGAAAGUGUAUGAUAAUGCAGACGGGGGUUUUAUUAAUCAAGGAAAGGCAGGUGCAUGGAAAAGUUUAUUGACGCCAGAGAUUGCAAAGAAAAUUGAAAAACUUCUAGACGAAAUCCAAGGUUCUGGACUUACCUUUGAUGACGAAUAGGUGUUUACUUAUGUUCGGGAAUAUAAAUAUAUAUUAUAGUUAUUCAUUUCAAUAUAGUGAGAUUAUAUGAUUCCAAGUGUAGGAAUGAUGUAUGAUGGCACUGUCUUUAUACAAACAGCAAACAUACAAUUGAAAGCUUAAUAUGUUGAGGCAUAGUUCUAGGAAUGAAAUGGCAUGACAGCGGUUAUGUAAAUUAAAAUCUAGAUUUGAAGGUA